AUGGAUCUUGUGGUCGGUGGCAGCUGGUACUAUUAUAGGAACAAUUCCAUUGAAUACGCUGUAUGUAAAGUUUGGAGCGAGGGUUUCGCGUACUCAGCAGACUUUGCAGCUAUCGGUCUAAUGACUGUCCGAUGGGCCCCAUUAUCUGAAACUGCCACUUUUCUAGCUGUGCUGACUUGUUUCAAUGGAAUUGCUUCAACUAUCACUAACUUCGGAACUGGCCUGAUUUGUGAAAGUUCACUUGGUUGGAAGUGGUCUUAUUAUCUGCAUGCAAUUGCUGGACUUGUUCUAUUUGCACUAUGGUUUUUAGUCUAUAUCGAUCAUCCCCAAGAGACCAAAAGAGUAUCUGAUCAAGAGCUUCAGAAGAUUCAGAAGAACAAAUCGGAAGCUCAUUUGAGUAAAAAAUGUGAUGUGCCUUAUAUGAAACUGGUCACUAGUCCUAUAAUUCUUUGUGUCUGGGCAAAUGCAUUUUUUGAUUUAACAGCUGCAAUAAUGUUUUCCACGUAUGUGCCUGUAUAUUUGCACGAAGUUUUGAAGUUUGGAAUUACCGAAACUGGAUUUUAUGCCUCUCUAAUUCUUGGAUUAUCUCUGCCUGUUCGUUUCGUUUUCGCCCUUGUCAGUGAUAAGUUGAAAUUCAUCAGCGAAACUGCCAAGAUUCGCAUUUUCAACACUGUAUCUGUAGGAGUAUCCGGGUUAUUCUUUGCUAGUAUUGGGUAUGUUUCAAAAAAACUUCUUUUCAACAUGAAAAUAGCUGAACCGAUUAGAUUCAUCCCGAUGGAGCAACGUGGCUGGUCGUUGUUUUGUUCUAUUAUGACAAUGUGUUGUAUCGGAGUCAAUUCAGGAGGAUUUUAUAAGUCUGGCGUGCUACAUUCAAGACAAUUCGCUCACGUUGUCAUAACGGCAAUCCAAUGGAUGAAAUGUUUAGCGUUGUUUGUUGCUCCAGCUCUUGUUUCUGUGUUUGUAUCAGAAGAAUCAAAUAGACUUCAGUGGAUUUGGGUGUUCUUAGUGCUUGGUGGUUGUAUGAUUGCAAUAAAUAUAAUUUCAUUGUUCAUACUGACCGAUCAACCAGCGAAAUGGACAGAAACAGAAGAAAUCAAUGAAAAAUUAUGA